AGUUCGAAAACUCUAUGACAUUGGUCAUCAACGCUUACGCAAUUCAUUGAAUUCCGACGAAAUAGAUUGUAGAACAUAUAAAUUGUGUUGAAAUAUUUAACAUAAGUUUUACGAAGUUAAAAAUGAGUGAAAAUCAACAAGACGAUUCAACUAUCUUAUCAGCCGAUAGAACCAGCGAUGGCGGUUUCUUUAUCGACGAUUAUUCUCAUUUGAGACUAUCCUACUAUCAAUAUCGAGACGCCAUGGUCCUUGACGUGAGUGACUCAGCAUUCAAUGAUUCAGCUUACUCCACAAAUGCUUCUAGCAAUCAAAGUUUCGACACAAAUGCUACUGGUUCAACUACGCUUACAAAUUCUACUAGUGCUACAAAUUCUACUAGUGCUACAAAUUCUACUAUACGUACGAACUCUGUAGAUUGGAACGCAGAAGAAAGACGUAAACUUCGUGAGUACUACGUAUCUCAAAUACCUGAUUUACCGCAUCCAUCGUAUACCGUAGCAUCAGUGAUAGCAUCGGCGUCGCAUAGAAUGAACCCGAAAAAUCGUUUUGUGUACAACAACAGAAUUGAGCAAGGCACGUCUUUGGAGAAUGAUAUGGUUAAGUUUUCUCCUAGUCGCCGAUCAACACUGAAGCCUGGUGAUAAAUUAUAAAGCUUAUUGUACUCGAAGCAAUCAAAUUAAAACUAUUAUAAAAUUGACGCAGUGUUGUAUGUUAGAUUAAUAUUUAAAAAAACUGAUUUUGAAUCAAUAAUUUAAAAGUGUUUAAAUCAAAGUUUAAUUUUAUCUGCAAUUUUAUUACAUUACCAACAUUGAUCAAUUAUUUUUAAAAUCCAUACAAUGUAUUAAAUAAAAUAAUAUUUGUUUUUAGAUUAAUUGACGGCCUACGUGGCGUAGUGGUAUGCGCGGUGGAUUUACAAAACGGAGGUCCUGGGUUCGAUCCCCAGCUGGGCAGAUUGAGAUUUUCUUAAUUGGUUCAGGUCUGGGUGGUGGGAGGCUUCGGCCGUGGCUAGUUACCAACCUACCGGCAAAGACUUACCGCCAAGCGAUUUAGCGUUCCGGUACGAUGUCGUGUAGAAACCACAGGAGUGUGGAUUUUCAUCCUCCUCCUAACUAGUUAGCCCACUUCCAUCUUAGACUGCAUCAUCACUUACCAUCAGGUGAGAUUGUAGUCAAGGGCUAACUUGUCAAGAAUAA